UUCAUUUCUCAAUGGUUCUCAAUUUCAUCUUCUUCUAGGGAUCCAACUCUCCCAAUACUACAUUUUCCAAAAGAUGGCAUACGCUAAUAUCUUUCCGGCAUUCUUUUUUGCAUUUCUGAUCAUUCCAACUUCCUUGGCAGCAGGAAAUGCGGAUCGUAGCUAUGUCGAAGACGCCUGCAGCGUGACAAGGUACCGUGACCUAUGCAUCCACUCGCUAGCAUCGUUUUCGAGCAUAGCAAAGAAGAGCCCCAGCCGGUGGGCUAGAGCUGGGGUUUCGGUGACAUUGGGAGAGACCAAAAACGUUGCUGGGUACUUGGUCACACUCAAGAAGCAAAAGAACGGCAUGAAGGGAAAGAGUGGAGCUGCUCUAUCCGAUUGCAUCGAGUGUUUCGGCAAUGCAAUCGAUGAGCUUCACAAAUCGCUUGGUGUACUAAGAAAGCUGAGCAGAACUACAUUCGUCACGCAAAUGGGGAACCUUAACACAUGGCUGAGCGCCGCUCUUACUGACGGAAAUACAUGCCUGGACGGUUUUGAGGAGGAUCAGAGAGGAAAACAAAUCAAAUCGCUUCAGAGUCGGGUUUUGAGAGCAACUCGUUUCACCAGUAACGCGCUGGCUCUUGCUAACAAACUUGCUGCCACUGGCUUGGAAAGCUUCCCUGAUCCAUAGGAAUGAGACUUGUCAAGUGUACUUUAUCAUAAUAUGUACUCUAUAAUAAGAGCAAUGCUAGCUGAGCCAAAAGGGCUAGCUGGAUUUCCUUUUUUUUCAAACUGCAACGAAUUAGUUGUUCUGAUUAGUGGUUACUUUAUUUAAAUUAUAA